AUGCUCCGGAGACAGCUCGCCUGUUGGCACCUGUUGGCUUUGCUUUUCCUCCCUUUUUGCCUGUGUCAAGAUGAAUACAUGGAGGUGAGCGGAAGAGCUAAUAAAGUGGUGGCGAGGAUAGUGCAGAGCCACCAGCAGACUGGCCGUAGCGGUUCCAGGAGGGAGAGAGUGAGAGAGCGGAGCCAUCCUAAAACUGGGACUGUGGAUAAUAACACUUCUACAGACCUAAAACCCCUGAGACCAGAUGAGCUACCACACCCCGAGGUAGAUGACCUAGCCCAGAUCACCCGGUUCUGGGGCCAGCCCCCACAAACCGGAGGACUGCCCCCAGACUGCAGCAAGUGUUGUCAUGGAGACUAUGGCUUCCGUGGCUACCAAGGCCCCCCCGGGCCUCCCGGCCCUCCUGGCAUUCCAGGAAACCAUGGAAACAAUGGAAAUAAUGGAGCCACUGGCCAUGAAGGUGCCAAAGGUGAGAAAGGAGACAAAGGUGACCUGGGACCUCGAGGGGAGCGAGGGCAGCAUGGCCCCAAAGGAGAGAAGGGCUAUCCUGGGAUUCCACCAGAACUGCAGAUUGCAUUCAUGGCUUCUCUGGCCACCCACUUCAGCAAUCAGAACAGUGGAAUUAUCUUCAGCAGUGUUGAGACCAACAUUGGAAACUUCUUUGAUGUCAUGACUGGUAGAUUUGGGGCCCCAGUAUCAGGUGUGUAUUUCUUCACCUUCAGCAUGAUGAAGCAUGAGGAUGUGGAGGAAGUGUAUGUGUACCUUAUGCACAAUGGCAAUACCGUCUUCAGCAUGUACAGCUAUGAAACAAAGGGGAAAUCAGAUACAUCCAGCAACCAUGCUGUGCUGAAGCUGGCCAAAGGAGAUGAGGUCUGGCUGAGAAUGGGCAAUGGCGCCCUCCACGGGGACCACCAGCGUUUCUCCACCUUCGCAGGCUUCCUGCUGUUUGAAACUAAGUAAACAGAUGAAUAGAACAGCUCCACUUGAGAAAUGUAUAACUGAGCUGCAAUCGUCAUGAUAUGAAGAACAUCAAAGUUGAGGGUUCCACAUGCUGUUUUUCACAAAAGGUAUUGGUUACGCAGCUAAUCAUGCUACAGGUACACGACAAUACUGGAUGACUCGGGACGCAGAAGAAUACACCAGAGAGUCUCCCCAGAUGCCCUUGAUGAAUAUACCCAGCACUUUAUCACUCUUCCCUAGGAAACUAAGAGAGAAUCUGUCACGAUGCAGGUUGGAAAUAACUGUUCUCAUCAGAGGAAUCACUUGCAAAGCGUUUUGGUGCUCCGUUUUUAACAGUAGCUUUCAAGUACCCCUGAAAUUUCCUGUUCAUUAUUCUUUGUGAAAGAAUAGGGUGCAGUAAUCAUAAUAUAGCUGGUGCAAAAAUAAGAACACUUGCCAGGACCUAGGUACUAGAAACAUUCGUGGGUCCAGCGGGUCAAUAUUCAUGAAUAUAGUUUGGUUUUCAUUAUAUCCAGAUAGUUUUUAGAUAGUAAAUAUACAAGUAGAUUGUAAAUAUAUGUUGUCCACAAAUAAUUGGUUCCUUCUGUUUUAUAAAGUCACUUUUGUAAUUAAAUCUUGAUUUGUAAUGGCUUACAGUCAAAUAGAAUUUUCUCUUUAUAUGAAAUUGGGCUUAUCAAAUUUGUUCUAUCGGAGUGACUCUUGCCAUUUCACUUCUUGGACUGAAAUAGAUCUUUGCUGACCUUGGAUUAUAGAAUGAACUGAGAUGAGCUUAAGUCAAUAGGACAGGUGUUAGUAUAUGCCUUCUUCUUAAUUUGGAAAUUACCCAAUAUAUUUAUACUCUACACAUACUAUGCUAAGUUGGAAGAGCUGUAAACUUUCUUAUACACAGACUAAUACACACCAAAUAUAAGGUUAUUCAUUUAAGAGUAAUACAAUAGAAUAUCCUAACCUUUUAUUCAAUAAAAACGAUAUGGUUUUCUUGAUUAUCAUAUUGAAUCAAUGUUCACGGAGCAGUUUUAAUGUACUAGGAAUUACAGGAGGUGCCACUUCACUUGAGUUUUGCCUAACUUUCCCUACUCCGAAGUCUAUUCUCAAAGGAUUAAAUUUGCCACCAAAACAACCUUCAUACGAAUAUGCUGUAAGUUCUGAAGAUGGUGUCCGUAGAUAGUGCUCCAAAUUUGUUUAUUUCAGACAAAAUUUCAUUGGAAUAUGUGUUUACCCUGAUGCUGGAUCAUAUUUAAAGUGCCUAGUAAAAUGCUUUUCUGAAAAACAGCAUAUCAUGAAUUACCCUUCAUGUGGUGUGACCUUAAUAUAUUUUCUAUUACAAUUUGACUUUAUACAAAGGCUUUUAAACUAUGGGUUUCCUGUAUUGAUUACCCUACAACUAGGGGCAGAGGGCUGGUUGAGGCUGCCCUACUAGUGAACUCAGGACUCUCCAUACUCAGCUAGCCUUUGACCCUCUCCUUCUAAUCCAUAAAUAUGUUUAAACUCUUCCCAAAUCCACAUGUAAUGCUCUUUUAAAGCUAUACUAUUAUCUGUAAUGUAUGUAAUAUUUUUGUGGCUUUAUAAAUAUGUUUCUGUCCCCAGGGCUUUGGGGACAUGAGGUUAAGUUUUUCUAUGAUCGACUGUCAUAAAAUUUCAUAGAGAUGCAUUGCCAAUAGAUACCUGAAGGUUGCAUGUUGACCAAAGAGAUUUCAGAUCUGAACAGUAUGUACUACCUAUUAAUGCCUUAGAGGAAGAUUUUGACCUGAUUUCAAAUGUAGAAAAAUAGACAAAUAUAAAAGGCAUAUGUGAAAAUAAACAAAACUUUGUUGUAUGUAUUGUUUUUUUAACAUUCUUAAUGAAGUGUAAUAAUCGUUCAAUUGUAAGUCAUGUGAUUAACACAAAGCAGAGAGACACACAAGAAAAUAUCUUAAGCUUUGAUUCAAUAAAACAUGGU